AGAUGAAGGUACCAACUUUUUGAAACCUAAACAACGAGUAUUUAGGUACGAAAUGAUUUCGAAACAACAUUAAUACAAAUCGGGAUACAGCUUCAAAUGACAGAUGGUGGUACUGGACAUCGACUGGGAUGGCUAGAAAGGAGCUUGCUGCAUUAUUAGGAUUCCUGGUAAUUAUAGCCCCGCUCACAUACUUCAUUGUGAAGGAAGAACUAAGGCAAUCAAAUCGAGUGAGAAGGAUGCAUGCACAGGAUCUUAAAAUUCAAGAUGCGAUAGAAGGAUUAGAGCAAAGGCCCAAACGAAAUUUAARAACAGUUGAAAAAGAUACAUUAGUUCAGACAAAAAAUAAAGAGCUUUUCAAGAGGCUAAGGCAUUCCCGACACCAAGAAAAAACACUCCAAAACAAAAUAAUUGAACUGAAUUCAAAAUUAACAAACUGCAAUCGCCCARUUCCAACCACCAAAUCCAAAUCCAGUAUUGAUCCUGAUAUUAAUUUACCAACAAUCUUUAUCGUUACGCCAACUUACAGACGUUUCGUACAAAAAUCUGARCUCACAAGAUUAAAACAAGCAUUUCRAGGUGUCCAAAACCUUCACUGGAUUAUCGUAGAAGACUCCCCACACAAAACCAAGCUGGUGAAAGUGUUCUUAGAAGAAUCUGGUUUGGCAUUUACUCAUUUGAAUAUUAGGACUCCUAGUCUACUGCGCAAGCACAAAGGCGAGGCAAGGCGUUUUAAACCUCGAGGGGUGUUCCAAAGGAAUCUUGGUAUUGCAUGGAUUCGUAAAAACAUUGAUCCUAAUAAAACACAGGGUGUUGUGUACUUUGCUGAUGAUGAUAACACCUAUGAUAGCAGAAUAUUUGAUGAGAUGCGAUGGAUCAAGCGUGUUGGGGUGUGGCCAGUUGCUUUUACAGGGGCAGCACGAUGGGCUGGUCCCAUUUGCCAUGGCGGAAAAGUCGUUAAAUGGCACACAAAYUGGGGACACUUYCGACCAUUCCCCAUUGACAUGGCAGGAUUUGCUAUCAAUAUAAAAGUGCUGAUUGUAGAUUUUCCCAAGGCGAAGUUCAAAGCAAAGAAAAAGCCUGGRAUGCUAGAGUCCUCAUUACUGAAACAGAUAACUUCUAAAAAUGAGCUUGAGCCAAUUGCUGAAAGCUGUACUAAGGUAUACGUAUGGCACACGAGAUCACAGCAACCACGUGAUAGCAUUCUCGGAGAGAAAGAUCUUAUAAGAGAUGGAAGACCUUCUGAUUUAAAGGUUGAAACCUAAUUGAAAUGUAAAAGUAUUUUUUAAUCCAAGACUUUAAACUUAUAAAUAUACUGAUUUGUUAAUCAUACAUUAURCAUGUAAAUAUUUAUAAAGAGAUUCAAAACAGAACAAACUCAAUAUCUAUGUAUUUCAUAGAUAUACUUGCAAUAAAUAUUGUAUUCGAUAUUUUCAAUAAAAU